AUGGCAAAAUCACAGAAGUCAAGUCUCAAAAUAAUUGUAAAUUUUAAAGAAAUAUCAAAUUCUUUCUUUUUAGGUCAAAUUAAAGAGGAAUUAGAAACUUGGACAGAGGAUGACAAAAUGUUUAUAGAAACAAAUGGAGCAAAGAAUGUACUAAAAUGUAUCAAAGAAAAUAGUUGUGUUGUUGUCACCGGAAGUUCGGGAACAGGAAAAUCAUCAUUGAUGCGUCAUGUUGCUUUACGAAUGCAAGAAGGCGGCUAUGAUAUUUUACCCGUAACAAACCCUGAAAAAAUUAUCAAGUGGUACAAUCCAAGUAAGAAAAUCCUGUUUGUUGUUGAUGACUUUUGUGGAACAUAUACCAUAAAUCCUAUGAAGUUAGAAAGCUGGAAAAAUCUGAUGGAAAAAAUCAAAACAUUAAUAGAAAAAAAACCAGUCAAAUUAAUCAUGUCUUGUAGACUUCAGGUUUUUAAGGAUGAAAAAAUGAAAUCUUUAUCUUUUGAUCAGUCCUGUGAAUGUAAUCUUUUGUCAGAAGAUAAACACUUAUUAGAAACAGAAAAACAAUCUAUUGCUGAACUUUACUUAAAAACAAACGCCUAUAAGAUCAGGGAAUUUUAUGACAUGUUUGACUGUUUUCCUCUUUUAUGUCAAUUGUACAGCAAAAACACAAAUCUUAGAAUAGUAGAUUUCUUUCAGAAUCCAUUUACAGUUUAUAAAGAAGAGAUAGAUAAAAUACAGCUAGAAGGAGCGUAUGUCAAGUACUGUGCACUUGCUCUAUGUGUUAUGUUUAACAAUCAUAUUAAAGAAGAAUGGCUCACAGAAGAUGUCGAUAAAGAUAUCAAAACAAUUAUAAAGAACACAUAUGAAGCUUGUAAAGUGGGGAAAGGAACAUCCCGGUUAGUUAUUCGUGAUGAGCUGGAUUCACUAACUCAUACGUUUAUCAGAAAGGAUGGUGAAGUGUACAGAACUAUUCAUGACAAGCUGUUUGACUUUCUUGCUUUUUACUUUGGCAGUGUUAUGAUUUAUUGUUUAAUUAAUAAUGCUUCAAGUCAUUUUAUUCGUGAAAGGUUUGUUUUUGAAAAAAAAGACAAAAGAGAUGAAUUUUUAAUAGAUGUAUCAGAAAGAUAUCAGCAAAUGUAUAUAAAUAGAUUGAUAUAUGACUGGUUGAGAGGAAAGAUAGUAGAUGUCUUCUGUAACAUCAAUAUGGAUGAUCAAAUCUUCAGACAAAGAAUCCUUGUACAUUUAAAAGGAUUAGAAAUAUCAAAACAGAAACAAUUGGCUAGUCUAUAUGACACACAAUAUCAAGACACUCCAUUAAUACAUAGUUGUUAUAUAGGAGAUAUUGAUCUGGUUGCAUGGUGUUUAAAUCAUUGUAACAGUAAUGUAAAACAUUGUCGUAUAGAUGGAGCAUCACCUAUGUUCUUGGCUUGUCAGAAUGGACAUACUGAAGUAGUACAGAUGUUAAUAAACAAUAAGGCUGAUAUUAAUAAGUGUAGAGAUACUGGAGCAUCACCUCUGUUCAUUGCUUGUCAGACUGGACAUACUGAAGUAGUACAGAUGUUAAUAAACAAUAAGGCUGACAUUAAUAAGUGUAGAGAUAAUGGAGCAUCACCUCUGUACAUUGCUUGUCAGAAAGGACAUACUGAAGUAGUACAGAUGUUAAUAAACAAUAAGGCUGACAUUAAUAAGUGUGUACAUGAUGGAGCAUCAUCUCUGUGCUUUGCUUGUCAGAAUGGACAUACUGACGUAGUACAGAUGUUAAUAAACAAUAAGGCUGACAUUAAUAAGUGUCAAGAUACUGGUGCAUCACCUCUGUUCAUUGCUUGUCAGAAUGGACAUACUGAAGUAGUACAGAUGUUAAUAAACAAUAAGGCCGACAUUAAUAAGUGUAGAGAUAAUGAUGGAGCAUCACCUCUGCUCAUUGCUUGUCAGGAAGGACACACUGAAGUAGUACAGAUGUUAAUAAACAAUAAGGCUGACAUUAAUAAAUGUGGUAAUGAUGGAGCAUCAUCUCUGUUCUUUGCUUGUCAGAAUGGACAUACUGAAGUAGUACAGAUGUUAAUAAACAAUAAGGCCGACAUUAAUAAGUGUAGAGACAAUGAUGGAGCAUCACCUCUGCUCAUUGCUUGUCAGGAAGGACACACUGAAGUAGUACAGAUGUUAAUAAACAAUAAGGCUGACAUUAAUAAAUGUGGUAAUGAUGGAGCAUCAUCUCUGUUCUUUGCUUGUCAGAAUGGACAUACUGACGUAGUACAGAUGUUAAUAAACAAUAAGGCUGACAUUAAUAAGUGUCAAGAUACUGGUGCAUCACCUCUGUUCUUUGCUUGUCAGGAAGGACAUACUGAAGUAGUACAGAUGUUAAUAAACAAUAAGGCUGACAUUAAUAAGUGUAAAGGAACAGGAGAAUCCCCUAUAUUUAUAGCUUGUUAUAGAGGUUAUAUAGAGAUUGUUGAAUUAUUGUUAAAACAUGAAGCAGAUUGUAACAUUAAAUGGAGAGGACUAACACCACUAGAUAUUGCAAGGAGAGAGAAUCAUAACAAUAUUGUACAUUUGUUGCAAAAAAAUAGAAAUAAUAUUCUCUAAAAGUUCGGCGAACAUGAUAAAAUAAAUCAAUAGAACUAUUCUGCUUAUUAUAUAAUUAAACAAAAUUAACCUGCUAUCAUUAAAUACAAUUGCUAGCUAGAAGAGAAAAUCAUACCAAGGUUGUUGUUUA